AUGUCACGGAUCUCCUGCUGCCUGGCACCUUUACUUCUGGCUGUGUUGACAGUAUUCUGCAAUGCACAGGUCUAUCAGCAAUAUGAUCCAUACAAUCGAUACAGCAAUACAAACUAUGGAAAUUAUGGAAAUACAAACCCCUAUGGAAAUACAAACCCCACAUUUUCCAGUCUGAGCUCCAACUACUACUACACUACAUAUAAUCCAUAUUAUUACAGCACCUAUACAACGCCAUAUCCAUACAGCUACACUAAUUCUAUGAAUUAUCCCAAGAUUCGCAUUUGGCCCUAUGUUGUGGGCCAAUAUUUAUACCCAUCCUAUUAUAAUUCCAACUACAACAAUCCAUACGCCUCGUUCAAUACGCCAAAUUGGCAAAGUUAUUACUCGAACGCCUACCAAAACAAUUGGGGCAAAAAGUAG